AUGGGAGGCCUGAGUACAACUCGCGGCCGAAACGAUACACACUUGGCUCAGACCAUUGCAGAGGCCGGUUUCCGAGAGUCCAAGUAUGAAGUGAGAGUGUCAUCUCCUGGCACCACUCGCGAGAAUCCGGACGGGUUCAGUAUUGAGACACAAAAAGAACCUUCUUUUCAGAAUCGGUUCAAUGAAGUGACGCAAGGAGCCCCGGUUGGUGUUCAAAAGGCCGAAGCGGCUGCCCUCGCCUGGAGCAAGAAGACGGCCUAUAUGACCUAUGUACUUGUCUGGCUUUCUUUCUUCGUACUGGCCUUCCAGUCGUCUAUCAGUACCAAUGUCAUCCAUAACGCCUACGCAUCCUUUGAGGUGGCCCCAGCCGUCAGUACCGCCAGCAUUGUGGCCAGUGUCGUGAGUGGAGUAGUCAAACUUCCUGCAGCCAAGCUCUUGAACAUCUGGGGUCGCACCGAGGGAUUCCUCGUGUUCGUUGGGGUGUAUCUCGUGGGACUGAUCUUGUUGGCGGCUUGCAACGGCCCCAAUGCUUAUGCAGUAGGCUACGUUUUCUACUGGGUGGGUUACGACGCCAUCUUCCUCAUCUUGGAUGUAUUCAUGGCAGAUACAUCCGGUCUACGCAACCGGGCCUUUGCGUUUGGAUUCGCCAGCACUCCGUUCAUCUGUACAGCAUUCACCGGUCCGUUAGCAGCACAGUCGUUCAUUGAACACGCUUCCUGGCGUUGGGCCUACGGCGCCUUUGCUGUUGUAACUCCGUUUAUAUUUCUCCCCUUGGCAGGAGUGUUCAAAUUCUACCAGCGGAAAGCGGAAAGGAUGUAUAUUUUCGCCCGCGAACCGAGUGGUCGUAAUAUGAUGCAGUCUGUCGUUUACUAUAUAAAUGAGUUUGACGUCCUUGGCGCCCUCCUCCUCACGGCUGCAUUUCUACUCCUCCUGCUCCCGUUCAGCCUCCAAUCCUACGGCAAGGCAGAGUACAACAGCGCAGCAUUCAUCACCAUGAUCAUCAUUGGGUUUCUUCUUUUUUUUGUUUUCGGUGCCUGGGAGAGAUACGGCGCUCGGUGCCCGUUCAUUCAAUUUCAUCUGCUUAAAGAUCGGACGGUGGUAGGGGCCUGCUGCGUUGCAGGCCUCUUGUUCUUCAGCUACUACGCUUGGGAGCUCUACUUCUACAACUUCUGCAUGGUAGUGUACCAGUUGAGCAUCGGUAUGACCGGAUACGUGGGCCAGAUCUAUAACGUCGGCUCCUGUUUUUGGUCUGCCAUAUUCGGCCUCAUCGUCUACGCCACGAGACAAUUCAAAUACACCUGUCUGGGCUUUGGGCUCCCCUUGGUUCUGCUGGGGGCCGGACUGAUGAUCCACUUUCGGACCGCGGAUGGUAGUAUUGGCUACAUAGUGAUGUGCCAGAUCUUUAUCGCGUUCGGCGGUGGAACCCUAGUGAUCGGCCAGGACAUGGCUGUGAUGGCGGCGUCCGACCGCGACGGGAUCCCGAUGAUGUUGUCGAUGAUCGGACUGUCUUCGAGUCUGGGAGGAGCCAUUGGAUAUGCGGUCUCUGCUGCGAUUUACUCGAACACUUUUCCCUCGGCCCUGCGCCAGGCGCUUCCUGUAGGAAGCAAGUCGGAUUAUAUGAAGAUCUACCGCGGAGGCUAUACCGCCCAGCUUGAGUAUCCGGCUGGGUCUGCGGUUCGCCUCGCCAUCAACGAGGCGUAUGGAGAGUAUAUGAAAUAUGCGUGUAUUACGGCCACGUGCGUGAUGGCUUUGGGGAUUCCUGCGAUUGCAGUCUGGCGGAACUUCCGGGUGGACAAGAAGCAGAACAAGGGAGAGAUGAUGUGA